AUGAAGGCCACGCCGCUCAUCAUCAAUUGGCACGAGCAAAACGCCCCCGUCUACUCGGCUCACUUUGAGCCCGGCGGCAAGGGUCGUCUCGCUACUGCUGGUGGUGAUAACCACGUUCGCAUCUGGAAAGUCGACACGCACGGCACUGAUCGCAAGGUUGAAUACCUCUCUACCCUCUCCAAGCAUAAUCAGGCCGUCAAUGUCGUCCGCUGGGCGCCCAAAGGCGAACUCCUUGCCUCGGCUGGCGACGACGGAAACGUCAUUCUCUGGGUUCCCAGCGAGCUGACCCAUUCGAAUUUUGGCUCUGAUGGCCUCGACGACAAAGAAUCCUGGCGUGCAAAGCACAUGUGCCGCUCAAGCGGUGCUGAAAUCUACGACCUGGCUUGGUCACCCGAUGCUGCGCACUUCAUUAUCGGCAGCAUGGACAACAUAGCUCGAAUCUAUAGAAUUCUCGUCCGUCAAAUAGCCGAACACAGCCAUUACGUCCAAGGCGUCACAUGGGACCCGUUGAACGAGUACAUUGCCACGCAGUCCUCCGAUCGAUCAGUUCAUAUAUAUUCCCUCAAGACGAAAGAUGGCCAAUAUACUCUCAGCCAAGACGACAAACCCCCACGGCUCGCCAGUCACAUCAAGGCUGACCUACCGCCGAGACGCAUCUCCUCAAGUAGUCCAGCCCCUCCUGACUUUGGUCACCGAGCCCAGCUUUCCGUCGUCGAUUCGAAUACGUCAAUCGGAUCGCCAGUUCCGUCGGCACCAGGGACACCGACCUCGUUCCCGCUGCCCAUGAACCCACCCAGCGUCGUGAGCCACAGCCGCCGAUCUUCGUUUUCCUCUCGUCGAUCCGCCUCACCAGCGCCCUCGCUGCCACUCCCCGCUGUCAUGUCCAUGGAAGCCUCACCAAAGCCGCACCCCUCAUCUUCAAUUCUCGGGCUUGGCAUGAAGAAUGCUAGCCUCUACGCAAACGAGACCUUGACUUCCUUCUUCCGUCGUCUCACUUUCACGCCCGAUGGUAGCCUGCUGCUCACACCAUCUGGCCAAUAUCAAAAUCAACACCAGGCAGACAAGGAUGCGAAGCCCACAUAUGACAUUAUAAAUACUGUCUACAUCUAUACGAGAGGAGGCAUCAACAAACCACCUGUUGCGCAUCUCCCCGGUCACAAGAAGCCGUCCGUGGUCGUUCGAUGCUCGCCUUUAAUCUAUACCCUGCGCACCUCCCCUCCACCGACCAAGCAUAUCACCAUUGACACAUCUUCUGCGGAAGAGGACAUUCUGUCACUGCCGGAGCCUCUUUCACGACCAACCUCGCCCGCACCGGUCAUGGAGCCGCCCCCGCCACCUGCUAUUGUUUCCGAUACCACUUCGACACCAGCCAAGCCAAGCAGCAUAGAAGCAAGCGCUGCUACCCCAGGCCCCAAGCCGGCCUUCUCGCUGCCAUAUAGAAUGGUGUACGCCGUCGCCACCCAGGACUCUGUUUUUUUGUAUGAUACGCAACAAAAGACGCCAAUCUGUGUCGUCAGCAACCUGCAUUGCGCGACCUUUACUGAUCUCGCAUGGUCGAAUGACGGACUCACGUUACUCGUCUCAUCAUCUGAUGGAUUCUGUUCUACCCUAUCUUUUGCAUCCGGAGAGUUGGGAGAAAUCUACCAGGGCGAAGUCGGUCCGCCUGCCAAGAGCCAGACCAGUGCAGCCGCCUCCAACCAACAUACUCUUGCUACACCAACAACGACGUUCGCCCCUCCCUCGCCAUUUUCUAGCGGCUCGCAACAUCAAAACCGCAACUCCACUAGCUCGUUCACGGCACCAUCGCCACCAGCUUCAGUGAGUGCCGCUGCAAAGAGGCCGCCUUCUCCAGCAAGAUCAAAUUCAGCGUCCUCUGUAGCAACUCAGUCCUCUUCGAUGCAUACAGGAGUGGUCAGCAACCCAACACUCAUAGCGGGCACAGUGCCUGCCGUCGCUGCCACGAAUUCGGGCAAAGUCACCGGCGUUCCCAUAACAACUCCACCAGAAACGCCCAGCAAUAUCGUGACUGGCAGCAAGAGAGAUGCAACAGACAGCGAGAAAGAGGAGAGGAAAGAGCCCAAGAAGAGAAGAAUUGCACCGACACCAGUCGAGUCGAAGGACUCGUGA